GUUUUCGGUGGUGUUCGGUUCUAAUAAAAUUUUAGCCGAGAAUUAAUUUUAGUGUAAUUAAAAAGGGAAAAGAACAAAAAAAAAAAAAGAAAUUACAAUAAGCCAUGUGUUAAAGGGAUUUUAUAUUUUAAUAAAAAUCUAAUAAAAAAGUAAUUUAAUUUGCUUUACAAAUUGUUUAAUUAAAUUCAAAAAAGCAAAAAAAAAAUAUAUUGAAAAAUUAUUGUAUUUUAAACAAUAUAGAUAUCAACGAGUACAAAAAAUAAAAUCUCUGAAUAUUUUUGCUGAACCAAAUGUAAAAUUUUGGCCGUUCUACAUUAUUUUCCGCCUUCUAAUACUGACAAAAAAGGAAGCAGAAUUUUUAUAAAAUUAAAUUGCAAUUAAGAAAAGUAAAAGGGAUCUUUGUUUAAAUAUUCUACAUAUAAAUAAAACGUCACAUCAGAAUUAUUGUAACCAAAGCUGCAAGCAUUUAUUGAAUUUUACAACCAACCCAACGGUUUCUCCAUAUACUUCUAUUAUUUAUUAAUAAAUAAAUAAAUUACAAAAACAAAUAUUUAAAUAUAAAUCAACAUGGUGAAUAUAUCGGAUAGCGGCGGCAAACAUGCCCCUCAAGAAAUGGAACAAUUUAUACCCGGCGACGGUUUAAGCGGUAAUACAAAAUACAAAAUUCAACCUCGCAAAGAUGCCGAACAUGCUUUAACUCAAUCCGAUUUUGAUCCUUUUUUGGCCCGUCAAAAUGAGCAUCCCACUACAGAUAAUGAAACCUUAACACAUUUGCUAAAAGCCUCUCUUGGAACUGGUAUUCUUUCCAUGCCCAUUGCUUUUAUGUACUCCGGUAUUAUAAUGGGUAUUUUUGCUACAAUUGCUACCGCUAUCGUCUGUACACACUGCAGUUAUGUAUUGGUGAAAUGUGGUCAUAAAUUGUAUUACAAAACCAGACGUACAAAAAUGAGUUUUGCUGAAAUUGCUGAAGUUGCAUUUGAAAAUGGUCCCAAAUGGUGUCGCGGUUUUGCACCCAUUGCAAAAUUCUCCAUAUUAUUUGGUCUGUUCCUCACAUAUUUCGGUACUUGUUCCGUAUACACUGUUAUUGUAGCAAAGAAUUUCGAACAGGUUAUGGAACAUUGGUUAGGCUAUGAAGUCUCGUUGCGUUUACUCAUUUCCUGUUUGCUCAUUCCUCUUAUCCUAUUGUCAUGGAUUCCCAAUUUGAAAUAUCUUGCCCCCGUUUCCAUGAUUGCCAAUGUUUUCAUGGGCUUAGGUUUGGGCAUUACUUUCUAUUAUUUGGUUAUGGAUUUACCCUCGAUUGAGACUAGAGAUUAUAUACAUGUUUCAACACUGCCAGCCUUCUUCUCCAUUACCAUUUUUGCCAUGGAAGCUAUUGGUGUUGUGAUGCCAUUGGAGAAUAACAUGGAAAAUCCACGUCACUUUUUGGGCAUUUGUGGUGUAUUGUCGCAGGGUAUGUCUGGCGUUACAUUGAUCUAUAUGUUUUUGGGUUUCUUGGGCUAUUUGCGUUAUGGUAAUUCUACAGAAGAAAGUAUAACCUUAAAUUUGCCCGUCGAUGAAUGGCCUGCCCAAGCUGUUAAAGUGUUGAUCGCUUUAGCUGUUUUCUGUACUUUUGGUCUUCAAUUCUAUGUUUGUUUGGAAAUCGUUUGGGAUUCCAUUAAAGAGAAAUGUACAAAACGUCCUACUUUUGUUAACUAUGUUUUAAGAACUGUUUUGGUUACCGCCGCUGUCGUUUUAGCCGUUUCAGUGCCUACAAUAGCACCAUUUAUGGGUCUUAUUGGUGCCUUCUGCUUUUCCAUUCUCGGCUUGAUAUUCCCCGUCUUCAUUGAAUUGGUUACCCAUUGGGAUACCGGUUUUGGUGCCUACAACUGGAUUGUAUGGAAAAAUAUUCUCAUAACUAUAUGCGGUGUAACCGCUUUAGUAUUUGGUUCGAUGAGCGCCAUACAGGAUAUCGUUGGUUUAUACACCACAAAAACAUAAGAAAUCUAAAAA